AUGGACGUUCAUAAUGCCUUUCUUCACGACGAUCUUCAUAAAGAAAUUUAUAUGGAUAUUCCUCCAGGACUUCAACGACAGAAGGAGAAUAUUGUAUGUCUUCUACAAAAGUCCCUACAUGGAUUAAAACAAGCAUCUAGGCAGUGGAAUGAAAAAUUCACAAAGGCACUCACAAGUAAUGGCUUCCUUCAGUCCGAACAUGAUUAUGCAUUCUUCUUGAAGCGCAAAGGUAAUUCUUUCAUUGCACUCAUCAUAUAUAUUGAUGAUAUCCUGAUCACAGGAAAUGAUGAAGUCGCUAUCAAAAGCUUGAAGGAACAUCUCAACAAACAUUUUCACAUAAAAGAUCUGGGGGAACCGAAAUAUUUCCUAGGGAUUGAAAUUGCAAGAUCUCACAUAGGAAUAUCUCUAAGUCAAAGGAAAUAUGUUCUUGAACUUGUAUCAGAUUCUGGACUGUCAGGAUGCAAGCCGAGUGCUAUCCCUGUUAAACAAAAUUCAAAACUAACCACUCAAGAGUAUGAUAAAGUGGCAUCAUCAAUAGAAAUAGAUCCACCAUUAGAAGAUGCAUCUCAUUAUCAGAGACUUGUAAGUCGUCUCAUUUAUCUCACUAUGACACGACCAGACAUUAGCUAUGCAAUGCACAUCCUCAGUCAGUUCAUGCAUGGACCAAAACACUCUCACAUAGACCCAGCAAUAAAGGUGAUAAAGUACCUAAAAGGUUGUCCUGGCCUUGGACUUCUAUUACCACGAAAUGCUGAUCUAGAUAUCACAGCCAAUUGUGAUUCAGAUUGGGGCACAUGUCCAAUGACAAGAAAGUCCCUUACCGGUUUCUGCAUAAAACUUAGGGGAGUUCUCAUCUCCUGGAAGACAAAGAGACAAUCCACAGUAUCCCUAUCAUCAGCAGAAGCUGAAUACAGAGCUAUGACUAAAACUACAUGUGAGAUCACAUGGAUCCUUAGAUUACUAGGAGAUUUGGGAGUGCAAGUAAAAGGGCCUGUUCAAAUGUACUAUGAUAAUAAAGCAACAAAUGAUAUUGCAACAAACCCAGUUUUUCAUGAUAGGACAAAACACAUAUAG